UGAAUCACAAAUAAAAAUAAUGUGAAACGAGCUGCGUUGGUGCAUGCUGUACACAUCUUCUGCGUAGAGAGAGUGAAUUUUGUUUAUCAGGAAUCCAAAUGAUUUCGGCAUAAUUUGCGGUGAUACGCGAAAUUUUUUCUAUGUUUAAAUUAACCGUAAACCGGCAUCAAACCAAAACAUUCAUCAAAAAAGGUCAGAAAUAAGAGUGCAGCGAGCCGAAAUAGACGUUCUUAGUUAGCUUAGUUUGAGAGAAGGAAUACAUCGGACCACACCCGGCUAACGAUGAGUAUAAGAAGUUUCAUCAUUGAUACCAAGUAUGGACCGGUGCGGGGUACGACGAAGCAGUCCUUGUUGGGACAGCAAUACAUCAGCUUCCAAGGGAUUCCCUACGCCCGGCCACCGAUCGGGAAACUCAGGUUCAAGGCUCCUAUUGCUCCAGAAAAGUGGACAGAAGAUUUGGACUGCAGUCAGCAAUGUCUUCCGUGCUAUCAAUUCGAUCGGCGUGCCAACGAAAUCGUUGGAAGCGAAGAUAGUCUCAGGAUUAACGUUUUUACCAAAACUAUCAACACGAGCAAUCUUCUUCCGGUGAUGGUUUUUAUUUACGGAGGCAGCUUCACAGAGGGAACAAGUGGAACAGAGUUAUUCGGACCGGAUUUUCUGCUACAGAAAGACAUUGUGCUAGUGUCCUUCAACUAUCGUGUUGGAGCGCUCGGAUUCCUUAGCUGUCAGUCCCCCGACGAUGAAGUCCCCGGGAACGCUGGAUUGAAGGACCAACACAUGGCUAUCAAAUGGGUUGUGGAAAACAUUGCAGCGUUUGGAGGUGAUCCACAGAAGAUUACACUCUGUGGUCACAGUGCCGGUGCUUGUUCCGUGCAGUAUCACAUCAUAUCCGAUGCCUCGAAGAAUCUGUUCCAGCGAGCCAUCAUCAUGUCCGGCAGUAGCUAUAGUGAUUGGGCUCUUUCCCCACAGCGCAAUUGGACGGAGAAAUUGGCAAAGGCCAUUGGGUGGGACGGAGAGGGGAAUGAAUCUGUCGCGCUGAAGUUUUUGCAGACUGCUAAACCUGAGGAUAUCGUGAGCCACCAGGAAAAGUUACUGGAACCUCAGGAUCGGCUGGAGGGGCUUUCCAUAGCGUUUGGACCAACCAUCGAACCGUACUACAACGAUAGUUGUAUUAUUCCAAAGUGUCCAUUAGAAAUGGCACGCGAUGCGUGGGGCAAUAAUAUUGACGUUAUGAUUGGUGGAACUUCUGAAGAAGGAUUGAUUAUAUUACAAAAAGUUAAACUUCAACCAGAAAUUAUUCAAAAUCCCAAACUAUUUCUAGACUCUGUUCCAGUAAAUUUGAAAAUAUCAACAGAACAAAGAGAAGAAUUCGCCAACAAAUUGAAACAACGGUACUAUCCUGAUAGUGAGCCGUCAUACGAGAAUAAUGCUGGAUAUGUUAAUAUGAUGUCAGAUAAAAUAUUCUGGCACGGCAUGAAUCGUACCAUCUUGGCACGUGCAAACGAGAAAUCUUCAGCUCGGACCUAUGUAUACCGCUUCGCGGUCGACUCGGAUUUCUUCAAUCAUUAUCGUAUUAAAUUUAUCGAUCCAAAGCUACGUGGUACGUCACAUUGCGAUGAGCUAUCAUAUCUUUUUUCCAACUUCACCGAAGAAGUACCCGGAGAGGAUACAUUCGAGUAUCGCGCCAUGCAAACUCUCGUCGAUGUGUUCACCUCGUUUGUCUUCAAAGGAGAUCCGAACUGUGAACACACAGCAGGUGUUUCCUGGGAACCAGUCACACAAACAAAGCCGACGUUUAAAUGCCUCAACAUAACCAACGAUGGUGUAGCCAUGGUUGAUUUCCCGGAUGCAGGAAGAAUGGACCUGUGGGAUUCCUUCUAUGUGAACGAUUCAUUAUACUGAUCUGGUGUUUCAAUAGUCUACGAUAAAUGUUUUUUUAUAUAUUCGAAUAAAUGUUAUUCAUUUUUGCAAUGUAUUUCGAAUAUAGUUGCAUUGUGUCGGGUUUUCAAUAAGAGCGCUACAAAUGUUUUUUUUUAAUAAAACAAAAACUGUG